AUGCACGCUCGGGGCGGUUCGCAAUGGCAGAGCCGCCGGAAAGCGUCGCUUGGGCCGCUCCGGCGGGCCCAUCCGGCGUCGGGUGCGACCUGGAAUGUGCAGGUGGUGCGUGGCAAAAUGACGUCCCGUUGCCUGUGGCAUGCCUGCCGUGCUCUCGUCCUUGGCAUGGUGCUGAUGUUCGUUGGGGGUGGAAUGGCCACCGUCGGAUACUACGCCAACAACUUUCCUUCGCUGUCGGACGUGCGGAGCAACAGCUCGUCGUCGAUACGCGUCAAAAACGAACACCGCGGGUUGCACCUGAACAAUCUGUCGUACGUCGGUCCGAUCAUCAUGGGCGUGGGAGGUUUCAUCGUGGUGGCCUCGUGUGUGAUGACGUUUGAGGCGCGAGAUUCGGCAGCUAAGGUGGUACCGGCUCGGUUUAAAGUGAACGCUCAAGGAUCAGCUCGAAAUGCCAGCCGCAACAAUAACUCCCGACGAUCCACGGGUGUCUCGAACGGUCCAACGGCCAUCGUGGGAUCGCAGACCGCCCGCUGGGAGCAGCACUUGGGCGUCUUUCGAACUUCGCCCGCGACCGAGCAGGUCCCGGACCGAAAAGCACUCACAGCAGCCCUCGUGCACUUCUCCAAAGCCUUAGGGACACCCAAAUCGUCACCUCACCGACGACCGAGCGCGGGCCAAAGUCGGCGGGUGUCCCGGAGCGGUUCGGUGCCCAAUUUGUACGCCGAGAAGCUGAACGUGCCCGCGAUGGCAUCCGGUUCACCAGCCAACGUCCGUUCAGAGGGUCCAACUAGCCAUCGGCACCACCGAGGCUCGAGGGUAAGCAGCAUGGUGCAACGGUCAACGAGGGAAGCCGUCGGAAGCGGAGGACUCCUGCAUCCCGGGAUGCUUCAGUUCCACAGGCACGCUUUGUCGGUGGACGAACCGGAACCGCUGGCCAGGACCCUCAAUCAGGCUGGUUCGCAUGGGUCAGUCCAGUACGGCUAUGGAGGCGAGAUCGUGCCUGUGCACCGUCUGCGAGAUCGCAACAAGCGCUCGGAUACGGCCCGCCGGCACGUCCUGUCGCGUCAGACCAAGAUCGAAAAGGACGAAUCGGUCGGUAGCCCCAAGCACGGUCGCGUCAGCCGGCGCGCCUCCACCAUUUCGAACACAUCGGUGUCCUCGAAGUUGAACCGAAGCAGUCGGCGUGCCUCCACAAUCUCCAAGACGCCAAGUGUCGAUUCGCGUGGAGCCGCUUCGACGAUCGAGAUAAACAGCCCAGACCGGUCGCUGUUGCUUGGUUUGACGCCCCCACGGAAGGCAUUCGGUCCGAUUUCAACGCCGUCGGUUGAGAAAGAGUGCAGGAGCCAGCUGUCCAUCUGCUCGGAACCAGCGGCGAUCAGUCAGCGCAAUCUGUCCUGUCAAUCGAGCCUUGAGCCGUGCGUGCCGGAAGAGGAAAGUUCACCCGAGUACGAACAGGCGGACGAGGAUGCGAAGAAUAAAAAGGACGCUACUGACGGCGACGGAGGACUCACCCACGGAAAACAACCCACCCCUUCGGAGGUGCCUCCCGCCACGGAAAACCCACCCUUACGGCCGGACUCGCUAGUACUCACCCCCAAGACAGCCGGCACGGAAGAAACGGCCAGCCGACAAGUGCAUCUCCAGCGAAGCAACUCGACCAAAAGCUUCCGCAAGCCAAAACCCAAAGUAACGGGCAAAAAGCUUAGCAACGAGUACGAUCAAAUCUACGUCAUUAGCUCCGGAGCUGCCGGAGCUGCCGGAGGUCCGGGGCCAGCCGGAAGCCAACGCUAUCCUAAUUUCCAACCGCAUGCGCACCCCACCGACGACGACCAUUACGAUUCGAUCGAGGUCAUCCACGAGCGGCGGAGCAAAAACUUUUCCAAAUCACCGGCACCAACAAGCCCGCAGGACGAAGGACACGUGGCUAGCGGUUCGGGAGAGGGCGAGUACCGGAAGAUGGGAUCGAACGUGAUUAGCGUCGUGGCGGACAUAUCGCCUGCUCCUGCCAGCAACGUAGUGGAAUCGUGCGCGAGCAAGGAUACGCUUCCGGAAGUGGCGAAUGAUGCUGGAUCGUCUGAAGUGACGCAAGCGAACGGCAUCGUUACGACAACCGAAGGCGACCAAAUGGUGGCCGCGAGCUACCCGAAGGAUCAAACCCCUUUGGCACUGGGGCCGAGAAAGGACGAGAACAAAGACUCACAAUAA